CGAAUACUAAAGCAGCGCCAGUUUUAUUAACUUUCUUUUAGGUAUCACGUGGAAAAGUAAAUUCCAUUUAGUGAAUCGUACUCAUCACAUACGGAUCUACCGAAUAAACAUACAUAGAAGAAACACAAAGAAAGAUGCUUAUCAGGUCAUUAAUAUUUAUUGCUAUUAUUUUUUCAACAAAUGGAUUGCCUUACUCGCCUCAAACCAAAAAUCCUUACACAGCAUAUCAAAAUUCUGAACAAAAAUCCAUAUUUCAAAUUCCCGGACAACCAGAAGUAAUAUUUCAAUCUCCUGAACAACAACAUGCGAUAUUUCAAAUACCUGAACAACAAGAAGUAAUAUUUCAACCAGAACAAGAUGGUGUAAUAUUUGAAAAUUCUCGGCAAAAGAUGAUAGUUGAAAAUCCUAAACAAGACACCAAUCAAAACCAAGCUCAUCGAGGUCAAUUUGCUUCCGAUGGUUUAAAAUUCGCCGAACAGGACACUGAUUUUAUAAUUAGCUGUAGUGGAUUGAAUAGAAUUUGCGUUAACAAAAAAGAUUGUGUAAAUGGUUAUAUUCACUCAAGUAAAAGCACUACUUACUCUUCAUCCAUCAAGACUCAACAAUGCAGGAUACAUGAUCAAGUUUGUUGCAUGAUUACAAAAGAAUUUGAAAGGAAAUUGAAAACGUCUGGCAAAAAUGUAAAAGAUAAUUCUAAUAAUAUAAAUUAUCAAACUGGGCAAUCAUCCAUAGGCUAUAACCAGGUUGCAGUAACUAAAGAAAGGAAUGAGCCAAAUAUUUUUGGAUCUUCUAUGCAAAGCGCUUUUGCAAUUCCGACCCAUAUACAGCUUGGAUGUGCAGCAGCGCUUAUAUGCGUUGAAGAGAAGUUCUGCACUAUGGACGGAAUGAUCAGUCCAGAGCCUGUUGUUCUGUCGGAAAAGCAACUUCUUCGACGUGUGCCAAUGAGUAGUUGCAAAAAUCCUGAUAAUGGAAUAAUUGGCAAAUGUUGUCGGGAUCCAAACUACGUAGAUCCUUGGCCAACAGGCAAUCUUCCGGCAAAUUACUCCGGUGGAUUUGACGAACAAGGAUUUCCAACGUUUAUGAAUGUUGUAAAAGUAAAACUACCCAAUACACCUGUAAAAACUACCAAAGUACCUACAAACAAUCGCAAUGUAGAGCAUUCUAAAGAAGUUGAGCCAGUGUUAAUACCAGAAAAUUCCGAUAUUUCUACGAAAAAAGUAUUUUUAGUUCCUCCAAAUACGGGCACAAAUCACAAAAGUGGUUUUCACACGCUGGAAACAAGAUUAAGAUGUGGUAUUAGAAAUAAGGUAUUGAAACAAUCACAAGAAACGGACUCCAAAACAGUUUUUGCAGAGAUUCCAUGGCAAGCGAUGGUUUUACAUUUAAAGGAACGGAAAAUUCUCUGUUCUGGUGUUCUAAUUGGAGCUCAAGAUGUAUUAACAGCAGCUAAUUGCAUCUACGGUCUGCUGCCGGAAGAUAUUUUGAUAAAAUUGGGAGAAUGGAAAUUGGGGUACGAAUUAAAACAUGAGGAACCAUUGCCUUUCCAAAUCAUCAAUGUAUCAUCCAUCAGUAUACAUCCUUAUUAUGAAGGAAAACCUGGAGAAUACGACCUCGCAAUGUUGCAUCUCGAAAGUCCCAUUAUAUUCGACCGUCAUAUAAGUCCCAUAUGUCUACCUGAUUCAAACCAUUUACUCCAAAAUAAUAAAUUGUGCAUUGCCACCGGUUGGGGAAAGUCCAUUCUUCAAGCACAUUAUGCUGGUGCAAUCAUGCAUGCAAUUAGCAUGAACAUACUAUCCAGAGAACGUUGCAACAAUGUGCUAUUACUAAGCACAAAUCUUAGAAUUAAUGUUACAAAUGGGACUAUCUGUGCUGCACCCAAAGAAGAAACAAAUAAUAUUUGUGACACAGAUGUUGGGGGACCUCUUGCUUGUCAAAAUGAGCAUGGUGUCUAUGAAUUAGUUGGAAUUUAUAGUCAAGAUACAGGAUGCUAUCCAUCAAAUCAAGUUGCUACGUUUGCUUCAUUAGAUAUAACAUGGCUAAAGAAAAUCAUAUCCAGCUCUACAGUUGAAGGAAACAAAAUAAAUAUCAAAUAUGAUGCAAACAAUGAAAAUUCAUCGUCAAGUGAUUACAGGAAGAGCACUUUGAUUACAGAUAAUCAAUAUCUACCUCCACGUUAAAAAUUUAUUGACUAAUAUUUUUUUUCCUUAAUAUUUAAUACUCUCUAUUUUUUUGUAUUAUAUAAUAAUUAUUAAUAAAAUUGUUAUCUUUGGGAAGUAUCUUAGCAUAAGAAUUUACAAUUACAUUUUAUUCUACUUUACAAAUUACUGUUAAUC